AUGCCUGUUGCCGUUCCUAAUGCGCACCAUUUCUCCACUCAUCGAUGCCUUCACUAUGAGCCAUCACAUCACCCCCGAGUCAUCAUUCCACCGCCACCCCACCCCUCACCUGCAGGGCACUCACCGGCCUUGGAGCGCGCAGGCAAGGCACGCCCUUGCAGGCCUGGUUCCUGCCAGCGCUUCCUGCCAGCGUUUGAGCGCAUAGGGCGGGUGUGCCACGUGUACCUCACUCCAUCUGACGUCUUCCUCCUUCACAACGUGCUCUCUGUUGACGGUGUGCAGGCCAUCGCACAGUUCCCCACUGUAAGAUGGCCAUCUCGCAACCAAGCUAUUCUCGGAGCACAUCAUCAGCAGCGCCUUUUCGGGUUCCCCCCCUUCCCCCUCCUUUCGUCCAUCUGCACUCCUCCUCCCUUCCCCCCCAGGUCGAGCUAUCUCACAAGCAAAGUCAGUGCAGAUAGCAUCGCCUUCUUGCUGGACCUCUCACUGCUCGCCCGCGCCCUCUUACUUUCCUCUUUCCCCCUUCCCAUCCCCCAUGCACCCCCCAAUUCAGGCCGAGCUCUUCUCGGAGCACCUCAUAAGCAGCGCCAGUUCCGAUCGCAUUGCCUUCUCGCUCGACCUCUCUCUGCUCGCCCGCGCCCUCUAGAUUUCCUUUCCCCUUCCUUGCGUUCCCUCUCCCCUCAGAGAGAGCUAUUCUCAGAGCAUCUCAUCAGCAGCGCCAGCGCGGAUCGCAUCGCAUUCUCGCUCGACCUCUCACUCCUCGCCCGCGCCCUGCGCUCCUCCCUCGCCACCGCCGCCACGCGCCACCAGCUGAAGCUCGUCAAGAAGAGCACCAACCCCUCUGCGCCCGCGCUGCCCUUUCUGUCCCUGGAGGCCAAGGGCGAGCGGUUGAGCAUCGUGCAGGGCAUACCCAUCUGGACGCCCUCGAUCCCCCUCCCCUCCCUUCACCCACCCAGGGCGAGCGGUUGGGCAUCGUGCAGGGCAUCCCCAUCUCCUGGACGUGUGAAGCAGUGGUCAUCACUUGGCUGGGUGCUCAAAGCAAUGUAUUUCCACUCCUCAUGCCCCUUUCCUCCCUCCCCCUCAUCCACCCAGGGCGAGCGCUCCAGCAUAGUGCAGGACAUUCCCAUCUCGACGCCCAGGGGCGAGCGGUCGAGCAUCGUGCAGAGCAUCCCCAUCUCCUUGCCUGGUGAGCAUCACCUGGGCGAGCGGUCAAGCAUAGUGCAGGACAUACCCAUCUCGACGCCGCUGCCGCGCUCGCAGCUCAACGAGAUGCAGGCUGGCAUCGACCUCGUGCACUCGCUGCCUGAGACCCUGGUGCAGCUGCCUGACCUGCUGUCCCUGCGCCACCUGGUGGAGCAACUGAAUGACCUACCAGAUCUGCCCUCGCUGCGGCACCUGGUGGAGCGACUACAGAGUGUGGGCGACGUGGCUGACGUGACAACAAUGAGGAGCGGUGCACUCGCCAUGCGCACCCACACGCCCUCCAUCACCGUUGCUGCCCAGUUCAAGAACCUCAAAGUCUUCGGGGCUCGCUCAGAGAGCCAGCAGAGUGGGGCGGGAGUGGGGGAGGGCAGCAGGCAAGGGGGAGGUGCAGAUGACGAUGCAGACAUAUCGGGGCUGUCCACGCGGCUCAGGCAGAUGCAAGCUACAGGCGAUGCUACAGUCGUGGCUUGCAUCUAA